UAUACCGGCAGGAUCUCUGCCGUCACAUAGCUUCGAAUUUUAUCUUCCAACUUUAUGACGAUUCAUAAAUUGUGAAUAACGUCGAAGUCCGGCAACUGUCAAAUGACAUUCGCAUUUAUAAGGUUACUACUUUGAUUUUGAAAUGGCAGCAGAAAUAAAACCCGCGCCCGGAGGGAAUCACGACAAGUUUAGUUCCAGUCGUAAGCCCGUACUUUUGUCGAAAUUAGAAGGCUGUAACGACGACGUUAACGCGGCUAUAAUCAUCCCGCGGGAAGACGGUGUAAUUAGCGUUUGCGAUGACAGAACCGUCAGAGUAUGGCUGAAACGAGAUUCUGGCCAUUACUGGCCAAGCGUUUGCCAAUACAUGGCUGUUGGUGCAACUUCUAUGCAUUACUGCGUAGAAACAAGGCAAUUAUUUGUUGGACUUGAAAAUGGAAAUAUAAAUGAAUUUGUUUUGGAGCAAGAUUAUAAUCGUAUGACUGGUAUGCGCGAAUAUUUAGCACAUCAGGCAAGAGUUUCUGGAGUUAUAUAUGCGCCAAAUUGCGAGUGGGUAUUGAGCAUAGGCCGUGAUAAAUUAUUUCAAUUACAUUGUUCCAAUACUGGAAGGAAAUUAGGAUCAUAUCAAACAGAUGCAUGGUAUACUGCUCUACAAUUUGAUGCACAAUCUAAACACGCUUUUGUGGGAGAUUAUUCUGGACAAAUAGCAAUGUUAAAAUUGGAUACUAACGGUGUUACUUUCAUUACCAUGCUGAAAGCACAUACAGGAAGCAUUCAUACUUUAGCAUGGGAUUCUGAGAAGCAGCUUCUGUUUUCUGGCAGUUUUGAUCAAAGUAUUAUAGUGUGGGAUAUUGGAGGACGUCAAGGCACGGCAUAUGAACUUCAAGGCCAUCAUAACAAAGUGACAGCACUUUGCUAUGCAAGUACAGAACGUGUAUUACUAUCUGGGGGAGAAGAUGCAGUGAUUGUUUGUUGGGAUAUGGCUGCAAAUAGGAGAGAAACAGCACCUUGGGUUGAAUCCGAUACAUGCCAAGCCUGUGGGAGACCAUUUUUCUGGAAUAUAAAAGCAAUGAUGGAUCAGCGUCAGAUAGGCUUAAGGCAACAUCAUUGUCGUCAUUGUGGUCGCGCUUUGUGCGCUCGUUGCACUUCUCAAAGAACACCGAUCCCAUCCAUGGGAUUUGAAUUUGAAGUUCGAGUGUGCGAUCCAUGCCAUAUUCAACUUAAAGCUGCCAACCAAACAUCUCUUGCAUCAUUUCAUGAUGCAAAACAUAGUAUUAUUGGAAUGGAUUUAGAUGCUCCACGUCGAAGAUUAUUGACUAUCGGACAAGAUCGCUUAAUUAAAAUAUGGGAUAUUUCUGCACUGCUUCAGUGAACUUGCAAGUAUAUACGCUUUCCUAAACAAAUCAAAUUAUAUGACACGAAAAACUGUUAUCACGUUUAAAUGGAAAAAUGUGCUAUCCAGAGCGUAUUUUUGUGAUUAUGUAAUUAUUUUUAAUUACAAAUUCAGAUAUACUUUGUGUAAUGCAAAAUGUUCUUUGUGGGAAUAACGAAAUAAUAUCGCGAGCAUGAAAACACAAAGUAGAAUUGUAAUUAUAGUUUUCAAAAAUUUAAGUCAUCGAUACUUCUUUGCACCAAAUACUCAUAUAUUCCUUGUAUAUUUAUAAAACAAGCAGCAAUAGAUGUGAAUAUAUUUUCUCAUAUACAGUAGACCCAACACAAUCAAUUGGAAAAA